AACCUGGCCCAGCCCCUGUGGGAGGAGGGACAGGGAAGGAGAAGGAAAGGGUUCCCUCUCUCUCUCUCUCGGCUCUGGAGACGCGGCUCUGCCUCCGGACAGGAGCGCCAUGAGGUCCGACGACUUCGCCCGCUCCUCCUUCCUCUUCUUCUUCUUCUUCCUCGGGGGACCCUCUCCCUUCUGGACGGACGGACCCUCGGCCUCCAGCCAGUUUGUGGACAUGUGCAGCACCUUCCCAGCGGAGUCGGAGAGCUGCGGGGAGCCAAAGCGCCGCUUCUUCUACAACACAACCUCCCAGAGGUGUGAGCCUUUCCUCCACAGAGGUUGCACCUGGAACCUGAACCAGUUCUACACCAUCGAAGAAUGCCAGCGCCAUUGUGGGAAGAUCGAGAAGCCCGGAUCCUGCCCCCCAAGUCCCAUGGUGAUCACCACGGAGUGCUUAACGGGCUGCAUGCAUGACGGAAGCUGCCCCGAUGACCAGAAAUGCUGCUCUUUUGGGUGUGCCUUGCGCUGCUCCGACCCUCUCAAAGAUCUGUGCCGGAUGCCUCCUGAGAAAGGUCCCUGUCAUGCCAAUAUCCAGAACUGGUAUUAUGACUGGCAAACCCGAAGAUGCAAGAGGUUCACGUUUGGAGGCUGCCUGGGGAACAAAAAUAACUUUAAGAAGCGCAAAGAGUGCCAGCUCAGGUGCGCCCGGCGAAGCACGUAGGAGGCCAGGAGGGUUGCCAUUGGGCCAGCCCACCGCUCGCGUUCCCACCAAGCCAAGGACUUUGUCCUGUCUUCAGUGCCAAGAGAAAAGGCGAGGCCUGAGGUGACUCUAGUGCAGGUGUCAACACGACCGCGAGUUGCGCAUCAAGGGGCCGAAACCCUACGGCCCCCCUGGGGUUCCCCCAUCGCUCUCCAGCAUCCUUUGCGCCUCCCGCUCCUCUUCCUCCCAGCCUUCUGCUCUGAACCACCCAAGCGCCAGGCCCUGCUUUCCGUGCCGGGACUUCCACUCGGACGCUUCUAGUUUGACCAACGAUGGACUCAGGCCAAGGAGGGGCCCUGCUCUUCUCAAAGCAGAAGAUGAAGGAGACGUUUGGAGAAAUCUGGAUGCAUUUCCUUCGUAGCGGAAGACCAGUCGUUUUCUGGGUCCAGAGGGUGAAACCGAUCAACCACACAGGAUAGCCUCUGGGGCGAGCUGGGGCCACAUCCAGGCCAAAGCCCCCCCCCCGCGUCCUGCCCCCUUUCAAGCCUUCCUGCCCGUUGCUUCUGCCCGCUCCCUUCUUCUCGUGGGGGGGGGGACUCGCCUUGUUGCCCGUUAAGGAGCCUCUUCUCAUUGCGUCUCAACAUUUCUCUUCCUGCAGGGAGGCCCUACGGGGCAAUUUGCCUCCUCCUUUUCCGCUACUGAUUCACAACUCCCUUUCUCUGUGAUGCAGUGAAAGAGUCUUUUGCUGUCAUUUUAAAAUGGUUGUGUUGUUUCCAGAAAGGAAAGGAAGUGAGAAGAAAUAAGCAAUUAAAGUCCCAGCCUGCCCAUCGGAAGGGUCACUGGGGGGACAAUUCAUCAUAACUGAUGAAUCAAUAAGAAUUAAUCAGCUGGGCAAAAACAGGAAGUUGGAAGCUUUUUAACUACCAUGUGGGGUCUAGUGAGGUUUUACGUUUUAAUCUGUAAACUGCCCAGAGUAGUGCUUGCAAGUGGCGAUCUAUAAAUCAAAUAAAUAAAUCAAUAAAUACCAUGGC